AAGAGGAAGUUGUAGUUUAAAGAUGGCGCUACCCGGUCUUUCACUCGUGCGGCUGAGCUCGCUGUGCAGUAUUAAAAAAUGUCUUCAAACUGGUUGCAAAACAGCUUCUAACUGGAACAGAGGAAUGCGGUGGUACAAGACAAAAGCUCGAAGCGCUCACGGAGCUUUUUCUUCAAAUAAACGAGACAGCACUAUCUCCAAUCUCCUGAAAGAGUUUCCAGAACCAAAAGGCCUCCUGAAUAACACCAUCGCCAGAUCACUGGGAGUUAGCGACUUGUCCCAGUUGAUCCAGUACAGCUGCACAGAACAUGCGGGUGUCAAGAAAGCGACUGUCACUGUGAUGUGGCCCUGCAAGAUCGAAGAGGAGGGUUACGGCUCCAAGAAAAGCGAUGCAGAACGAUGCGCUGCGGCUGCUGUUUGUCUCAAACUCAGAGAAAUGGGCGUGAUUGGUCCAGGAAAUCAGCUCCCCAAGAGGAGAGCUGAACGGGGCAGAGGAGGCCUACAUCCUUCCCUUUCUCAUGAUGAGGAUGACCCAUUGACAGAUGAUGUGCUUGUGUCUAGAGCUGAAGCAGACGCACAAAAACAAUGCCCGCCUUCUAUGGAAGACCCCUCCAAAGAAGCUCUUUCAUUGUUUCCUCAACCCAAGUCCCUCCUGACCAGGGUCAUCCAGGCGGCCACGUCCUCCAACCGAAUCACGGAACUCAUUCAGUUCAGAACAACCGGAGGGAAGCUGAAGAAGUGUCAGCUGACAUUGCGCUGGCCCGAGGCGAUGACGUUCACGGCCACCGCCCACAACAGAGUGACAGCAGAGAGGCGAGCGGCAGCAUUAGCCUGCGUGCGACUGAAGGAGCUCGAGCUGCUGGAUAAAAACAACAACCCGCUGACUCAUGCCAGGUAUCACCGUGAGCAGGUGAGAGAGGCUGGAGAGAGAGACAGGCGCCCCCUCCCGCUGGAAAUCCCAGAAUACCUGCAGGAACACGUGAGAGAGUAUCUCUCGCAGUACCCUGUGGCAGCAGAAGUACAGAAACUGUGGGAGGAGGACGAGGCGAAAGGUGCGCAGAUGAGCCAGGAGGAUGAAGAGGAGGAAGACCUCGUCACCGACAGCAUCACAGGUAGGCCGUACAGGCCUCUGUCGAAACCAGUGGCUCAGGAGCUCAGCGCCCAUCUGCGGGACAAGUGGGAGAGGGCGAACCCCACACUGAGCCUGGAGCUGCCGGUCGAUGCCCACCGCCAGCGGGUGGUCUCCGCGGUGUGGUCGUCACGGGCGGUUGUGAUUGCGGGUGGAACGGGAUGCGGCAAAACCACGCGCAUCCCCCGUUUCCUGCUGGAGGAGAGCGUGAUGCACGGGGACGGAGCCCAGUGCAACAUCCUGGUGACCCAGCCCCGUCGGAUCAGCGCCGUGUCCGUGGCCCAUCGAGUGGCUCAUGAGAUGGGUUCAGCACUGAAACACUCUGUGGGAUAUCAGGUCAGACUGGAGAGUCGGCCUCCAGAGGACAGCGGCGGCGCCUUGCUCUUCCUCACAGUGGGCGUUUUGCUAAAGAAGCUACAGUCAAACCCCACCCUGAAGGGAAUCAGCCACGUGGUGGUGGAUGAGGUCCACGAGAGAGACAUAAACACAGACCUGCUGCUGGUCCUGCUGCGCUCCUGUCUGGAAGAGAACCCUGACCUACGGGUGGUGCUGAUGAGCGCUACUGGGGACAACGAGAGGCUGGCCCAGUACUUCGGAGGCUGCCCGGUUCUAAAGGUGCCAGGGUUCAUGCACCCUGUGCGGGACCGGUACCUGGAGGAUGUGCUGAGAGAAAUGGGACGCGCACAAAUCCGGGAGCGAGUGGAGACGAACAAACCGCUGGUGAAGGGAGGAAGAGCCGAGGUUGGACCAGAUCCAGAUUUGGUGGCUGACGUUAUAGAACACAUUGACAGACAUGGAGAGCCGGGGGCCGUGCUGUGUUUCCUGCCUGGAUGGCAGGACAUUAAAGCAGUUCAGGAGAAACUCGAGGCAAAGCAACACUUUUCUUCAGGCUCUCAGAUGAUUCUGCCAUUGCACUCUAGUUUGUCUGUGGCAGACCAGCAGGCAGUGUUCCAGCGUCCUCCAGCUGGCCAGAGGAAGAUCGUGCUUGCCACAAACAUUGCUGAGACUUCCAUUACCAUUGACGACAUUGUUCACGUGGUCGAUACAGGAACUCACAAGGAACAGAAUUAUGAUGCACAAACUAAGGUGUCGUGUCUGGAUACAGUUUGGAUAUCCCGUUCCAACGUCACACAAAGAAAAGGGAGAGCAGGACGGUGUCAGCCAGGACAGUCGUAUCACCUUUUCCCCCACAAACAGCUGGAGUCCAUGACAGUCUUUCCAAUCCCAGAGAUCCUGCGUACGCCACUGGAGAGUUUAGUGAUGCAGGCCAAAAUACACAGUCCUAACAGCAAGGCUGUAGGUUUCUUGUCCCAAGUACUGGACAGUCCAGAGCAGGAAGCGGUGAGAGAUGCUAUCCGUAAUCUACAAAAUAUAGGAGUUCUUGACAAGACAGAAACCCUGACACCUUUAGGAGAGCGCGUCUCCUGCAUGUCAUGUGAUCCUCGACUGGGCAAAUUGCUUGUCCUCAGUGCCAUGUUCCGAUGUGUUCUGCCCAUGUUGUCCAUCGCUGCCUGUCUGACCAGAGACCCCUUUCACAACAGCCUUCAGAACAGGUUACUAGUGAGGAAGACCAAGGAUGCUCUGAGUGGCUCCACUUUCAGCGACUACUUGGUGUUCAGCAGAGCUGUGUUGGGCUGGAGGAGGCUUCAGCAGGAGGGCGGCCGAGACGAGAGAGAUGAGUAUCUGGACACGCACACUCUGUCCAGGCCCAGCCUUCGAUUCAUAAAUGGUCUCAUCUCCCAGUUCAGUGAGAACCUGCAUGAAGCUAAGCUGGUUUCUCGAGCCAGCGAGUGCCAGCGUCAGACUUCGCUCUACAACGAAUACAGCAGCAAGGAUGAGUUGCUUAAAGCUGUGAUUCUGGCUGGACUUUACCCGAACCUCAUUCAGGCAAAGAAAGGUGUUGUGCUCAAAGGAGGGCGCUUUCGUCCCAACGAUGUGUGUUUCCGAACACUAAGUGGACCGGUGCUGCUUCAUCGCUCCUCUGUGAACAGAGGAAAACACAAGCUCCCCAGUCGCUGGUUGACCUUUUUCAGCGCAGUCAAGUCCAAUGGAAACGUUUUCAUCCGAGACUCGUCCGCUGUCCAUCCACUCGCCCUGCUCCUGCUCACAGACUGUGAUGUCACAGAGACCGUGAUUGAGGACAGAGUCCAGGUUUCCUUCCCUGGAAGCUCUCUGGUGCGCUGUGAAUUGUCAUCUGAGACGUGGGAGCUGCUUUGGGAGCUGCGCACUUCCAUUCAGACCAUGAUCUACCGAAACCUCAAUGAUCCCAGCAACGCCGUCACCAACUCUUAUCAGGAUGGAAGACUCAUCUCCUUACUGGUGGAGCUGCUCAGCAACAUAGACCCAACCCCUUUUGCUCAGAAUCCCAACAGCGACAGUGAGGUGGACUGAUGAUGAUGAUGAUGAUGAUGUUUGUGUCUUCUGGCUUGGUACAGAGGAUCCAGAGGAUGGUCCUUGUUUGUGCGUGUGUGUAUAUAACGCAGCAGUGAUCAGAACAGAAACCCACAGUUCACUAAAACCUGAUGCUGUUUGUCAGGAUAAAAUGAUGACCUCUACCUAGUGAGGAUUAGUUUAUGAUUAUUUGCUUUAUGAAAAGCAGAAGUUGGGUUUUACUCCUAUGAGUAAAGACGACAAAUGGCUGGAUGUAAUAAAUGUCUUUAUUGCAAUAAAUAUUUAUGUUGAGGAAA